CACUGCAGUAUCGUCGGCAUAAGUGAGGCGAGAACACCCGUGUGCAUUGCAAUAUUCCGCGUGUAAUAGGAAGUACAAGAACCUCACGCGAUCGUUGUGUAAAAUAUGUGUAACAUUAUUACUAUAAUAUAAUAGCACUACCUACCUCUAGUUUUAUUAUAGUAAAAUAUUUUUAAUGAUUUGGGUUUUUUUUAUUCCGAGUGUUCUUGUGAUUCGCUUCGUAAAACAGAAAAGAUAAUAGGUAUGUUCAAAACGGCCGAUAAAGAGUUAAUGGUAAGAUCAAGGAGCAUGAAGUGGUUUCAGAAAAACACUGAAGAUGCCGCACCACGGUUGCUUAGUCUCUCGCCGAUAAGAAAUUACGAUUCGGGAGAUCCUGAUUACUCGGCCGAGAGAUAUUACCAUUUACCACCAGGUCCUAGAAGGUCUAGAUUAGACGCCUCUCCACUGCGAUUAGAGAGGUCCGAGUAUAAUCGAGACAUAAAUUGUUACAAUGUCCAAAAUCGAACAAUUGUGAAGCAAAGUGCGAGUAAUAAGCAAACCAAAGAAAAACGAAAUCCCUUGUUGGACCAAGUUAAACAUACAGGUCUUACACAUUUCAAACCAAAUACAACAAUUAAAAACUAUUAUGAGAACAAAAACUGUACAAAUGGCGUUCGUUGUGAUGGUGUUGAUGGCGCGGAUGUCGAAGAUGGUGGCGAUGAAGACAUUUCAACAAUAUCUGGUAGAUUGAAGGCUAUUUCAGAUAGAUAUUUAAAAUCAUCUACUCAUAGAUUUUUAGCCAAAUUUUAUAAGAACUCUUCUAUCAAAACCGAUAAAUCAACUGAAACUGAAGAACCAAAUUUAGGCGAAAACAAAAUAAAUAAGGUCAAAUUAAGAAGUUUUUCUUAUGGUGCGUUACCCGGCUUGGACGAAUUUCGAAAGAGAAUAGCCGAAACAGCGACAGAAAAAACGAACUGUACACCGGAAGAUGAUGAUAGUGGCAUACUACUAAAUGAUCCUCCAAUCGAUACAGUCAAUGGAAUCGCAGAAAAUGGUACACAAGAUUACUGUUUUAGGAGCGCUUCUCAGUAUGGCAUAAAACGACAUUAUGCGCUUAGUUUACCACCUGAUAACAACAAUCAACCAUCAAACACAUUACAACCAAGGGCCAAUAAAAAUAAGGAAUACAGAGUUGUCCAAUUGAAUAGAGAUUAUCCAGAUCAGGUUCUAGGUGUUCGAAUUAAAGAAAUACGGUCGGAGAACAGUUUUGGCUAUGUGGUCGUCAACAUUGUAUCGGGAGGAGUAGCUGAUCGGACCAGCGAUCUGGAAGUGGGCGACCAGAUAGUGAACGUCAACGGUCGCCGUCUAGCCGGACUGGAUGCAGCCGAUGCUAACCGUUUGCUCAACGACGGGUGCAGCUCGGUACACCUCCUAGUUACCAGACGUGACCCGGAAUACCAAUCCGUAGACACGGUCAACCGACCGCGGGCGAGGAUGCCUGAGACGUCCGUGGACUACGACCACGGUGGAAGCAUCGUCCAAGCCCCCCCUGUCCAAAAGUACAAUAAGAAUGGACAAACUUUGGUGUACAUAACGCCACCGCCGCACCCGCGGUCAGUCGUCAAGAGCAACGCCAACGUGUCCACUGUGUACAUUAAGGGCGGUAGCAGUGAUGGCUUCAGUGGUGACGGUUACGGUGACCACCAUGGUGAUAGCGGCCGCGGUGGCGGCGGCGAGGCGUACACCGGCACGGAUUGCACGACAUUUUGCACGUUACCGCGGCGACCAAAGUCGACAGUGUGUACUUUCCAUACGUUCGUGCUCGAAAAAGGUCCGGGCAAAAAAGGUUUGGGAUUCACGAUUGUCGGCGGCAAAGAUUCUCCUAAAGGAGCCAUGGGAAUAUUCAUCAAAAGUAUUUUGGACAACGGUCAGGCUGCGGAAGACGGUAGAUUAAAGCCUGGAGAUGAAAUUCUUGCAGUUAAUGGAAAUGUUUGUCACGACUUGACUCAUUCAGAAGCAAUAACACUGUUCAAGUCAUUUAAAAGCGGAUCUAUUGCUCUACAUAUUUGUCGAAGGUCUAAAACGUCAAAUAGAACUACCAAAGCCAAGUCAUGUACGAAUCUAUUGAACGAUGACAAUGCGGGAUCGGAUUAAGAGCAGUGAUGUUUUUCUUUAUUUUUUUUAUGGUUCCAAUCGUUACAGUCUAGUCUUUGGCGUCAAUUAGAAAUUAUGUUGUUUUUAUGGUUAAACCACUACCAUUCGAAAUAUGUAAUAUUUAGAUUUACAUUGCGCCAUAAUGAUAUGUAAAAACCAUGUAUUACAUCUCAUCGUAUAAUUGAAAAGCCAUAAUUUUUGUGUACCUAUAAUCUAUAUGCCUUUAUAAUACUUAUGAAAAUCGAUAUUAAUCAACGUACCUACAACGUAAUUAAUUCGAUUAUUUAGUUCCUAUAAUACUAUUCAAAAGUUUACAAAUGUCUAGAAAAUUUCAGCAAAAACUAUUACAGAAAUUCAUUGUUACAUGAGAUAAACAUACCUACCUACU